UAUAUUCCGUAGAUUACGGAAACAAUCGGAAUGUGAAGUAGGUCAAUAUUAUUAUUUGUUUGUAAACACCAACAGGUUGGAGGAAAUGGAGAUACUGGAUGAAAAUUCAAAAUUUCCCCCGAUUAUUGAGUUGAAUGUGGGAGGAAGGUUUUUCACCACUACACAUCUAACAUUAACCAAAUGUCCAGAUAACAUGCUGUCAGCCAUGUUUAGUGGCAAAUACUCUGUAAUCAAAGACAAAGAUGGCCGGUUUUUCAUUGAUGCAGACGGCGAGAAUUUCAUACACAUUCUCAACUACCUCCGGUACGGAGAUUUACCACCAACCCAGGUCGCUGAAACAGUCUACAGAGAAGCUGCCUACUUUGGAAUCCACGGCCUCGUAAAAGAAUUAGAGAAAUUUCCGCAAAUUUUGGCUAAAAUUCAGAGAAACAAUUUUAGAAGCCAGUUUCCAGGUUAUUCAGAAUGUUUGGAUAUGAUUAUUAAAGCUGCGGGUGUGGAAACCACCUCUCAAACAACUGAUGUCAAAGUGCUUAUUUUUAGUAAAGAAGUUGUCCCACAAAAUGAAAAGUUUGAUAUGAAACACGUGUGUGCAUGUGAAGGUAAAAAAGAACUAAAACACGGCCCAGAUGCCAAAAUUGGGCCAUGGAAUAGGCCUAGUACUGAAAAAGAUUUGUUGAAUUGUCUUGUGUUUGAUUUAGAAUCACAAGGAUUUACAGUUACUUCAAGAUUUCACGGGCCAUGUACAUACACGAUUGACAGGAUAUGUUGUAAUAAGUCAUUUUACAACAUAUGUUUCCAUUGGUGGAAAUCCUAAACAUUGAUUUCCGCACAAGACAUCAAAAACAAAAAAAAAAGUAAUAAAGAAUGACAAUGUUUUGUUUAAGUUUACUUUUGUUAUUAUGAAUGAUUAAGAAAAGAAAAAUUUUCAAUUAAGGAUUUUAAUGUUAUUGUAUCUCGGCUUUUUUAAGAGUAUAUACUUUGUUAGCGUAUAUAGUAUUUAUGUGAGUGUUAACAUCUUUUUUUGCAAGCUUUAAUUGUACUUAGAAUAUAUA